AUGGUUGAUCAUGAACAAAAAGAACCAUGUGAUGUGGAAGAAGUGGAUGAUAUGGAAGAAGGGAAUGGAAUAGAAAAGAAGAUUAAAAAGAAGGAGAAACAAAAUGUGACCUUGCAAAGAAGGUGGACUAGAGCACAGAUGAAGACAAGGAUAAGGAUUGAGAAGAGUAGUAUUUUGAAAAUGACUGCAAUGAUGGGAAACAACAAUACUUUUAUUAAGACACUUAAGAAGAUUUUACACUUUGAGAGACUAGUACACUUUUCUUACUUGGAGGCUUUUCUUGGAUACUUAGAUGUUGGGUUGUUUGGAGCAAAUGAGCUCCACACCUAUUUAUAG